AUGUCUCCAGGUCGAUUCGGUGAUAGCCAGCGGAAAUACUUACGACAUGACUGGAUCAGCAACAAUCGAGAGAAGGAGAGUCCUCUGAGAGGAGUGGUAUCGACGCUGGGGGAACGAGCGACUGCACACAUCUACCUCGACCCUGCGCGAAGCGAAGAGCCUUCUGUCACGACUACCCCCAAUGCCCUUCCCGCACACCUCAGGCACGAGAUGGAGAGCGCCCUCCGCGUAGACCAAGCUGGUGAACUCGCCGCCAACUGGAUCUACAAGGGCCAGUACGCUGUUCUCGGCCGGGAUCCAACUACUGGCCCCCUCAUACAAGACAUGUGGGACCAAGAAAAGAAGCACCUCGCCGUCAUGAACAAGCUCCAGCACCAGCACCACGUCCGUCCAACCCUCCUCUGGGAGCUCGCGCGGAUAGGUGGCUACGGUCUCGGUGCUGCCACCGCACUCAUGGGUAAGGAGGCCGCCAUGGCCUGCACCGAGGCCGUCGAGACCGUCAUUGGAGAGCAUUACAAUGAGUCCUGUCUCAUUGUUGAGGAGAUCAUCAAAGAGUUCCGCGAUGACGAGCUUGAGCAUCUGGACAUUGCCGUCCAGAAUGACGCGCAAAAGGCACCGGCACACGCGUUGCUGAGUACCAUCGUCGGAGCGGGAUGCAAGGUGGCGAUCGAGUUAUGCAAGAGGUUCUAG